CUGCUGCAUUUGAUACGGAGUUAUUAAUAUUCUGGUCAAAGAAAUUGUUCUGACACGAUGGGAAAGACAAACAAGGAUAAAAAGGGAAAAGAAAACGGGAAAACCCUGAUCAGAUUCAUAAAGCUUUUGCAUUCCAGAGGUAGGAACAGACAAGUCUGGGGUUAUGAAGGACAGAUUUGUCGCCCUUGCAACCGGAAACACGUGUGUUAGAGCGUCACUUGUUUACAGUUUCUGCGUGUUAUUAUUGUUCUGAUCAAAGAAAUUUUGACGCGAUGGGAAAGAAAAACAAGGAUAAGAAGGGAAAAGGAAAAGAAAAAACGGAGCUUAAAACAGAAAAGAAAGCUGCAAAGCGCGCAAAGAAAGAGAUAGCUGAGAAAGGCGAGGAAGACAUUGAACAACUGAUAGCAAAGUUUACAGAACAUGACAAGCGUCUGACACAAGUUAUAGAAGAAAAAUGCCCCCCACCUACUCCACGCUCCAACAUGACAUUGGUAUCACACCCAGAAAGAGAGGAGCUCAUUGUGUUUGGAGGUGAAUACUUCACUGGUUCAAAGAUGCAUCUAUAUAACGAUCUGUUUUUCUACAAUAUAAGCAAAGAUGAAUGGACAAAAGUGAUGUCACCAAAACCACCACCCCCUCGCAGCUCUCACCAGGCUGCGGUCAUGGCACAAGGUGGAGGACAGAUGUGGGUGUUUGGAGGAGAAUUCUCAAGCCAUUCACAGAACCAGUUUUUUCACUAUCGUGAUUUGUGGGUACUUCACCUGAAGGAGAAGAAAUGGGAGGAAAUAAAGAGUCCAGGUGGGCCAUCUGCUCGUAGUGGCCAUAGGAUGGUUGCUUUCAAGAAACAGCUGUUUGUAUUUGGGGGUUUCCAUGACAAUGCAAGAGACUACAAAUAUUUCAAUGAUAUUUACUCCUUUGACACUGGGACCUAUGUCUGGACAAAACUGGAACCAGCUGGCAACCCUCCUAGCCCCCGUUCUGGAUGUUUACUGUUUGCCACACCCACACGUCUGUUAGUAUAUGGUGGAUACAGCAAGGAAAAAGUCAAGAGAGAUGUGGACAAGGGCUUUAUUCACACUGAUAUGUUUGCACUUUUGCCAGAAGGAAAAUCUGAGGGCGUCAACCCCAAAUGGCGCUGGCAGAAUGUGAAACAGUCAGGUAUCAGACCAUCACCACGCUGUGGUAUGUCUGCUGUCAUUGCCCCUGGCAACCGAGGGGUCCUAUUUGGAGGAGUUUUUGAUGAGGAGGAGGAUGAGGAACAGCUGGAUGGAGUUUUCUACAAUGACCUGUUUUCACUUGACCUGGAUAAGGGGCAUUGGUAUUCAGUAAAUCUAAGGGGAGAGCGACCAGCAUGUGCUGAAAAGAAGAGACGUCGCAAGCAAAAACAAGAAGAGGGGGAAGAAAACAUGAAUGCUGAAGAGGGUAUUGAUACUGAAGACGCAGAUAACCUUAACAAGGACGACAUUGAUGUGGGUACUUCAGAUUUGGAAGAGGCACUUGAGGAAGAACCAAUAAUGCAGGAUGAAACUCAAGGAACUAGUGCUACAACCCCAGCUGUUUUUCCUGGUGGUGAGGUGUUUUCUGUCACCGUUGGACCACAGAUCUCUCUUGAUAGUGGAGGUGAGGUGGUGAACAAUGAUCAGACAAGGCCAGCUCAGAAGAUCUUUAGACCUUCAGCACGGAUGAAGCCAUGCCUUGCAGUGAAAGAAAGUACUUUAUAUUUGUAUGGCGGAACUUAUGAAGAAGGGGACAGACAGAUCACUUUAAGUGAUCUCUACACCCUGAACUUGGGCAAGCUUGACACCUGGCAAACAGUCAUUGGCCCCGAUCCUCAGACACAGGAGUGGCAGGAAUCAUCUGAUGAUGAUGAUGAUGAGAAGGAGGAAGACAGGAAAAGGAAAGGGGCAACAGCAAAGAAGACAGAGGAGGAUGAAUCUGAUGAUGAUUCAAGCGACAUUGAUAUGACAUUUGAUGAUGCUCCAAAGCGAGAGGAAGGGGAAAUGUCCGAUGAUUACUUCAGCCGCACCCAGGACUACUGGUUGACUCAGGCCAAGACUAUAACAGAGGGUGACGGAAUCUCACUGUCGGAUCGAAAGUUGCUAAAAUUGGCCAAAGAAAUCUGUCAAGAGGCGACUGGUCAGGAUUAAACUGAAAACAAAUUAUGACUUCCAUCUGCAGCUCAGAGCUCAUUUGCAUACAGUCACCCAGAAGAAUAUUUUUGAGACUAAAAGAAUGGAAUAUGACUAACCUUAUUCAGACACUUUGGUGAGCGAAAAAAGAGAUGUUUGGACAAGACCUGCAUGAUCAUGAUCAUUUAUAUCAAAGUCUGAAGAAUUGACAAGAACGUGCAUUCCAGUGGGUGUCAUUAUGAAGGAUAAUGUUCUGUGUACCAUUGCCACAUUUUUUGUAACACCAAUUCUAAAGAUGUAAUUGGACUCAUAAUUGGUAAUUGUAUCUUUUGGAUUGGAGGGUCAUAUGAGAGGAUUGAAACAGUGUCUUUUUUUUCUUUCUACAUCUGUCUUUUCUUCUAGGGCAUUUAAGAAAAUACAUAAUUAGAACUGAGAGUUAACAUUUAUGUAGUAAUGAUAAAAUGUUCUGUUUCUUGUCAACUUGGGUCUUGAAAAAAAUGAGUCUUUACUGUGCUCUACCUAUUAAUAAUUAUGAAUAGGCAUAAGCUUGGUUUGAUUAAAAGCAUCCUCUGUAUGAUGUGUGUGAAAAGGGUGUGUAUGAGAGAGGCUGUGUGCAUGUAUGCAUACGUAUGAGAGAGCGAGUACACCAGUGUUGUCCUUUGGGACAAGCUGGUGGUGGUAGCAAUCAAUAAAUCAAAUGAGAGAAAGUAU